AUGACGAAUCGAACGGAGAACGACAGUACAGGGCCAGACUCAGACAUCCCCAGCGCAUUUCACGUGACAGCUUUAUUUUCUAAGGCGAGGACGGAAGAUGAAAUCCGGUCCUGGUUCGUGAGCCUCGGCAUGGAGUGCAACAAAGACUAUGAAAUCACGGUAGAAGAAAUGACUCAACUCCACGCGCACAAUGUCCCAGACAGCGAGAAUGCCAAAUGUCUGUUGGCUUGCGUUUACAAAAAAGCUGCAUGGAUGAACGACAAGGGCAUGUUCGAUGUGGCCAGUGCGGACGCAUUUGCGGAAAAAGAACAUAUCGGCAACGCAGAAUUCAUUGAUAAAUCAAAGAAACUCUUUGACGAAUGUAAAACAGUAAACGAUGCAACUGUCGCAGACGGCGAAAAGGGAUGUCAAAGAGCAGAAUUACUUACCAAAUGCUUGACUGAGAAGGCGCCUCAGAUGGGCUUCAACAUUAUGAUGUAACUAAAUAGGAUACCACAAGCUCCACGUAGUCUCCAAGAAGUACGAAGAUAGAAGGAAAUAAAAUUAAUUCAUUAAGUUGCAAUAUAGGCCUAAUAAAAGUGUUUUAAAG